AAGAGAGAUCUAGAAACAAGUGCAUGUCACACCCACUUCUUGUUUCCCGACCUCGAUGAUCCCGCCGACCCCAGACUCGUCAAGCCCUCCAACGAGCAUGUCGGGUGCUCGCCCUUCUCCACCCAGCACUCAGACUGCUCACCCGAUGUCUGCAAACGGAGCAAUCUCUGCUCCUGUGCUACCUUGCAGCGACUCGAAGGCACUUAUGCUGACAACAACGACCAAGAAGCUUCAGAAAGUGGCGGACACGACAUUGGCCUGCAGUCCGUAGCGUUGCCGGAACGGGUGUGGAUACAGGUGUGCAUGCAGUCACUCUCCUGGCUUGUUGUCGGCCCGGGUGCUGACAGUCUCCCCAGCAAGCUCGCUUGCCGCUUGCUUCUUUAGUCACCAUAGCACGACAUUCUCAUCCGCUGCCAGAGAAGGCUCGGGAUCGUUCCAGACCUGCCACGCAUGAAAGGAGGGAGUUACCGGCAGUAUGUGGCCACCCACCUUCCCGCCGUUGACCAAAUACUCUAGUCCUCCCCGCCAUCGAUGGUCUAUCCACCCCUCGAUAGUACUUCUUCUCUGCAACGACAUGUAGAACUUGCAUUGGCGGCUGUGAUGCUGGCCCGAUGGCGGAAUCGCAUCCGUCAUCACUCGCGUCAGUCGACAGCCGGAUCCUCAACCUGUAUCCGCGUAAGGAUAUCGCGAUGGCAGACUCCAGUAUGUUUAUACCUCUCGUUUUCGCGCAACAAGCGCAUUUCAAGGGACAAUCCACUUUUCACGCCAACUCUUCUGUCUGCAGCCUCGUCUAGCUACAAUGACACCAAUAUCUACACAAAAGCAACAUAA